UUUUUACUUGCGGCUACAGAGCAUCAACACUGGGGGCAAGUCGUCUUCUUCUUGUCCCAAAAUAUGGUGUGAAGUUGUGAACCGUAAACUUAAGGGAUCUUUUUUUUUUUCUUUUUCUUUUUCUGAGAAAAGUUGGGGACUUUAUACUUUGUAUAUGCUCAUUAGAUCAUAUCAUUGGAUCAUAUCUGGGUCGGGUCCAGUGCAGCCCAUUUUAAAGAGCUUGAAUUUUACCGAGUUUGGGUCUGUUUUUCUGAGGUGGACCAUUAAGCUCUGGUUUGAGGAACAAAUUCCGGAGGUCACCUCUGUCUCAGCAGCUGCAGCGCUUGAAAAUAAGACCGAAGAUUAGUUACCAUAUCUACACAGAGAAUCCAACCGAGACCAAAUCCAGUAACAAUCUUUACUGAAAAUUGAAUCUUUUGGCCAAUUUGUAAUGAAAAAUAAACCUCACGUGUUUCAUGCUUCGUAGUAAAAGUAAAAGCAACUUCACACCUACUGCCUGCCACGUAACCCAUAACCCAGAACAGACUGCGCACCUUUCAAUUUUCAAGCUUUUGAGACCCAAAACAAAAAAUUUCAAGCUUUGAACCGAAAACCUAAUUUCUGCUCGUCUCCGACAGCAAUUUUCGACGGUAGAAGCUCCCCAUCAAGCUCUGUCCAGUCGGCUAAUCAGAUCCGUCCACCUCAGCAAUGCUCUGUUCGGUGCCUGCCAACAAGUCCGGUUCGAACUGGCUGGACCGGCUCCGGUCAAACAAGGGCCUUCCGACCGGCGACAAUCUUGACCUCGACCACUUCCUUAGCCGAAACACAAACUCUUCCUCGGAAUUCCCAACUCCCAAUGUCUCAUCGUCCACAGAGUCGACUCGGCCGGGUUCGGACCGAGUGGUGAAUCAGUCCACAACCUCGUGCCCGAACCGAGAUAACCAGGGAGAGGCAUUCAUCGGCCUGGUGAACAACGUUCUCUCGGAGCUAUUUUUCAUGGGCGGCUCCGACGAACGUUCCAAACUUUUAGGGAAAAAGAUUCCUAGAAAACAAGCAAACCCUAGAGUUUGUGUCACUUCCACGGCCAACUCUGACAGCAAUGCUGCUACUGCAAACGCCACCGAAGAGAAGAGCUCCGACUGGGGUCGAAAUGACGAAAAUGUCCUCGACAAAGCAGCGUGCUUGGACUCGCAAAACGGCAGCUUGAUGAAGAAUAAGGACUUGGGAAAUGUGGGUGGUGAGGAAGGUGAGGAGGUGGAAGAGGAGGAAGAGGAAGAGAAGGAGGAGUUGAGAGAGCUGAAAGGGUAUUCGAUCAGCGAAGUGACGGUGAUCGAUACGAGUUGCGGGGUUUGGAAGACGGAGAAGGUGGUGUUUAGGAGGAAGAAUGUGUGGAAAGUUAGGGAGAAGAAGGCCAAAGUUCGGAAGUUCGGGAGACGUAAGAGAAAAGUGGUUGAUGAGGAAGUUGGUGUUGAAGGCGGUGAUGACAUUGACAAGAAGAAGGCUAAGGUUUCAGCUUUGAAGGAAGCUGAUGGGGAUGAAUGUAUAGCUCUCAAGUCCACUGAAGGACAGAAUUCACAGAAUGACACAAGCAAUGAAGUCUGCGAGGACACACCAGAUAGUCUUAAUGAAAGAGGGGAGGAAUUUGGCAAAGACAUGCCAGAUGCUAAAAGCAAAGAUGCCAAGAAAGGGUUUCCUUUGAACAGAUCACCAAGAAAAAUGAAAAAGGGUGACUCCUCUGUUAUACUUAUUAAAGGCAUUCCUACCGACAAUAAAAAUGGGGGAAAGCUUCUGAGAACGUGUCUCAAGGACAUCCAAAAGCAAUACACGGCUUGAUUGAUCAGUCACCAUAAAAAUGUUUCACUGGAAAGAGGCCGCUUAAUCAAUGGCGGCAGCGGUCUUUCUUUCAGUGUUUGGAUUUGAUUGGCCCUUUGAUCUCCUUCCAGAAAGGAGUAUAUGCGUUUGGUCUCGUUUAGGACUUGGAGAUGGGGAUGAUCAUGCUGCCUUGUCCUUCGGAAUCAAAAUGUUGUGAAAUAGUGAAUUUGUUCUUUCAUUUGUAAUGCAUGAUAAAAAAGUGUUUGCUCCGAAGGAUUGUUCUGUUGUUCCGGUUCCUGCAAACCUGUUGAUAGAAAAUUCAAUUCAAUCUAGGGAAUCAUUCUAACGAAA